AUGGAGGAAAGACUGCUGCAGGUUGACUACGACAACUCAGAAUUCGGCACUAGAGCUUUUGAACUCGUCUACAUCAUCAUUCGCUUCCACGAGAAGUUCAACAAGGACAUUUACAAAGACUUCUUGAACAUGUACUUGCGGGAGUACAACCGAAUGAGCGGAGACCGCCAAUUUUCAAUCAAAGAGCUUGAGCAAGAAAUGACCUGCGUCUGGCCAUAUCUUUUCAUGGAGCAGUCCGUGUUCUACCGCUCAAUCGGCGUCGACGAGGACUUCUGCAACUUCAUGUUCGACGUGUUGCGAGCAAUGCUGAACGAAUACGCAAAUGGGAAAGCAAGCUGCCCCUGGACCGGCCGAAACAGCGAGUUUCCGAGUUGCAAGCCGCCAGCAUAA